GUGGAGAAGAAAGUGGAGAGAGAGGCAAAGUGGAAGCACUGUGCAUUGACACAAGAGCCACUUCGAGAUCCUGUUGUUUCAUGUGAACUCGGAAGAUUGUACAACAAAGAAGCAGUUCUGGAAUAUUUGUUGGAGAAAUCCCAUGCUGAGAAAGCUGAGCACAUCUCCAGCAUAAAGGAUGUCCACACCCUCAAGUUCACGGAGAACCCCGCAUACACGGGAGAGGUAGCCAGCAAGGGCGAUGGCUAUACCGACACAGAAACAAGCAAGUACAUCUGCCCAGUCACCAGCCUGGAGAUGAAUGGCAUGCACAGAUUUGUGUUCUUGCUCGGAUGUAACUGUGUGUUGUCGGACAAAGCACUGAAGGAACUGAAGACCGUCAAGUGUGUCAAGUGUGGAAGCCCAUAUACUCAAGAUGAUGUCAUUGUAAUCAAUGGUAGUGAGGAAGAUGUGAAGGAUCUCCGACAGAAAAUGGAAGCCAGAAAGAUGCUUGCCAAGCAAGAGAAGAAGAGCAGGAAAAAGAAAUUGCAGACGAAUGGUGUCUGUACUAAUGAGAAGCCUGCCUGUAAACAGAUGAAACUGACGAAUGGUUCUGCGUUGCCAUCCGCUUCAUCCUCGUCAUCAAGCGGCACCACCACAUCGCUACAGAAGAAUGGAGUUGUUCCAAAGCGAGGAAUUGUUCCUUCGUCGUCGCAGAGAAGUGACAACGGCACGAAGUCGGCGGACAAAAUAUCGAACGGUUUGAUCGCAGAUGAUCCUAAUGCGAGCAAGGUGUACAAGUCUCUCUUCACGACGUCGGACAAAGCGAAGCAGCAAGGAAAAGCUCACUGGAUCACCUACAAUCCCUUCUAUAACUGAACUCAGCUAGAUGCUUUGCUUAUUCACAACAGCAGACAUUAGUAGUGAGCGCACACUUGUAGUUCGCUUCAUGAAUUUCCAUGUAUGUGGCAAAUGUGGUGGAGUUUGUUCAGAAAGGUGGUAAACAUACCACCAGUAUAUACAUUUAUGUGUAAAUUAGUAGAUGUAAACAUUUUGGUAUGUGUACAGCUGCGUUUUUCUAAAAUAUCAAGGAUAUUUGUUCACUACAAGUUGCGUUGAACAGCGAUUGUAAAUAAUUGCAUAUAGUUUUAUUGUUCUGUACAGCUGUGUGAAUGCACCAGGAAUGGUUGAUUCCCAUUGUUGUCUCGCAUUACUGCAUUGUCUUGGUUUAGCUAGUCCAGUAUGAUCAGUGCAGUUAAAUGGCUAUGCCAGCAUUUAUACAUGCAGUCAUCCCUUGCAUACUGCUAGAGCAUUGAGGACUGGCAUUGAUUAGAAGUUCAAAAAACCUGCAAAAACUGUGGUUAAAAAGAAUGAGGGCUUAUCAAAAAAGAAUGUGGUGCCCAUGGUUGCACAACUUAUUAGGUACAUACUACUGCAUUUAGUAUGAACUGAAUGGCAUCACAUUUAAUGAAUUGUUUACAUUCAUUAAGAAAUCGUCGUGCCCCUUGGGAAAGCUUCCGUUCUUGAGAUGGCAUGAGAACUGUAAAUUAAGACGUGGGUAAAGUACACGCCACCAUGAUGGGACGUUAGGGGGUGGAAGAGGCAGUGGUAAAGGGACAUAAGCCUGCCACCGUAGUUCAAUGGAAUGACUGAUUGAUGUGUGUACGAUGAGCCGUGGAUACUGGAACAGUGUGGCACGAUUUGUAAAUUGAGUAGGCCUACAUGCUAAAUUUUCCGUAGUAAAUAAAACCGUUGUUGGCAAUAGAUAACUGUGUAUCUGUAUGUUUCAAAUUUGAAAAUAUUGAUUAAUUAAGGUAAUAAUUAUUAAAUUCAUUUUUUAAAUCUUGCAAUUUUUAAUCAGAAAAGAAGAGGUCUUUUAUCGCCCAUUGAUGUUUCUCUGGUUUUCUCAAAAAACAAUAAAUAAAGCACAAAGUUUGAUGUGAACUUUUUACAUGGCAAUGUGUUUGAAUUACUGAUGUUACCGAUGGGUAUAAAAAACCAUCAUACUGUUUAUUUGUGCAACAGGGAAAAUGGGGACAUUUCAUGUAUAUUUAAAACAGAUAGAUAUUCUGUUUAUACAGGUUUAGCUACUGUAUAUAAUGAUUUAUACUGCUUCUUAAUGUAUACAAGGCUAUUAUAGAUAUUAGAAGAUUAUAACUACUAUACCUAUAUAUUACAGGGUCCCCACAGCCCUUGAAAGUCCUUCAAUUUUGUCCUUUGACCUUGAAAGUCCUUGGAAAUAUGUCCAAGUUCUUAUUUUAUGUCUAAUGUCCUGGAAUUUUACAUUUUUUUCCUAAAAUAAAAAGCAAAUCUUUAUUGCUGGUUAUCUGACUGA